UAGAUAAAGUAUGAAAUAACCUCGCCAAAUGGUCAUACUCAGUUACUCUUCAAUUGGUCUAACAAUAAGUCAAAGUGUAAAGAAGAUGCAAAGGCAAGAUCGGUUCUUUGUGGUUACCAUAUUUUUUGUAAUAGUGCUUACAAUUUUUCAUUCAGGUGAGGCAUUACAAUGUUAUCAAUGUGAUUCGAAAACGAGACAACCUUGUCCCUCAUCCAGCGCAGUAGUGACAUGCCUGAAGAGUGACAUGUUAUGUUUAGUAUAUACAACUAAAAUAUAUGGCAAACAAAUCACCGAACGUUACUGCGGUGAUCUUAACGCUUGCGAAAUCGUAGUACGUAAGCUUAACGCCACAGAUUGCCGUAUAUGCGACACAAACCUAUGUAAUGCUGCUGCCAUCAAUACGUUAUCAACUAUCUUAAUGUUAACAUCAGGAUUGAUUACUUUGUCAUGGACAAUUCAAUGAAUUUCAUAGAUUAUUUUUAUGAUUAUUCAAUCUUUCUCUUUAUUGUUUAUAUCAUAAUCUUUUUAAAAACUUUUUAACGUUGAUAUUAAAAUAUGUAUCUGUUUCUAAAGCCAGCACAAGUUCUUUAGUUGUAUGUUAUUUUACUCCGUAUUAAUUAUUAUAUCGAAUAUCACGCGAAAGCUGAAUUGUCAAGAGCAUUGAAUUUUUUGAAAAACUAAGUGGACAUUUUCUUCCUGUCGCAUUUAAAACAAGAACAUUUUAAAAAUAAAUGAUGGUUCUGCGUUAUGAAAAUUGGGCCGCCGCAGUGUGGGAAAUUUCGUUCUGAUACGCCAGGAAGAGCGCGAGACCUUAUUUCUUUCGCGAAUCACAAUGAGUGAGGAAAUUCUCAAGGUUCCAUGUCCCUCUCAGCGUUCGCUGCAUUUCUCUUACGCGCCACGAUAAAAUACAGAUCUAACUGUAAAGUCUUAGACCACUGGCUACGCAACGAAAUUGCGUAAAGACAGUGUACUUUAAUAAUGGAAUGCUCUGUCUGUGAUGCUAUCUUAAUAUUAUCUUGAUUAUCCUUUAGUUACACCAGCGGAUGAAGAAAAAUGUAUACCUACUUAUGUUUUGACAUAUUUAAAGAAAUUGUAAAAAUUAAAAGAUAAAAGGACACGUGUGAUUUGAAUUUUCUUCUUUUAACAUGUAUAAUUAUUAACUUUAACAUGUGGUGCUAUUUACAUUUAGAUGAAAGUCCCCUAUUGUGAGAUAGACUUCUAACAUGAGAUAGUAGGUUUUCAACAUACAAAUUCAAUCAAAAAUCUUUUUUCGCAACGUUUACACGAUCCAGCAAUAAAUUUCCCACUAAAUACAUUUCACUCCAAGAACAAUAAGUUCAUGACAGAACCAACAAAUGAUGACGAUUAAUUAUUACAAAUAGCCUGCUAUGUCAUAUUAGAAGCUUGUCUCAUAAUAGGGGCCUUUCCUCUUAUACUAUUAACUGUAAAAUGGACAUUAGAAAAAUAGCUGUUACUGUAAAAUUGCAAAUAUAUUUUGAAAACAACUGACCACAAUAAAAGUAUUUUAAAACUA